GUGUUGGUAGUACUAGAUUUGGAGAGAAAAAAGGCCCAAAUCCAAAGAGUCUCCUGGUUUUCUUAUCCCGGGAAAGCGAAUUAUAAAAGCAGGUGUGGCGGCUAAAGAGAACGAGAUUAUCACAAAUCAGAAGAAACCCUAGCGCCCAAUCACUCCGGUAAUCGUCCAUGGGGAGGAAGCGAAAGCUAGUUCCCAAAUCUUCUCAACCCGCCGAACCCCCGCUCAAGCUGCAACAAUCCCAACCACUUCCCCAAAAUGCCCCUCAGCAGUACCAAGAGGAAGAAUCCGAGGAAGAAGAAGAGGUAGAGGAAGUGGAAGAGGAAGAAGAGGAAGAGGAGGAGGAGGAGGAAGAGGAGGAAGAAAGCGAAGACGACCAGCCACAGCAGCAGCAGCAACAAGACUUCGACGACGAUCCGAUCCCCAAGCUUCUGGAGCCCUUGAGCAAGGACCAGAUCGUUAACCUACUGUGCGAGGCGGCGGCGACCCACCGCGACGUGGCGGAGCGGAUCCGGAAGGCGGCGGACGAGGACCCCGUGCACCGGAAGAUCUUCGUGCACGGCCUGGGAUGGGACACCACCGCCGGAACCCUAAUCAGCGCGUUCCGCCAGUACGGCGAGAUCGAGGACUGCAAGGCCGUCACCGACAAGGUCUCCGGCAAGUCCAAGGGCUACGGCUUCAUCCUCUUUAAGACGCGCCGUGGCGCGCGCAACGCCCUCAAGCAGCCGCAGAAGAAGAUCGGCAACCGCAUGACGGCGUGCCAGCUCGCCUCCAUCGGCCCCGUCAGCAACAACACCCCGCAGCAGCAGCAGCAGCAGCCGCAGGCGGCUGCGGCGCCGCCUGCGCAGGCUUAUUCGGAGUACACGCAGAGGAAGAUUUACGUGAGCAACGUUGGUGCCGAUUUGGACCCGCAGAAGCUUCUCGUGUACUUUUCGCGGUUCGGUGAAAUUGAGGAAGGGCCGUUGGGGCUUGACAAGGUUACGGGAAAACCCAAAGGGUUUUGCUUGUUUGUUUACAAGAGUGCAGAGAGUGCGAGGAGGGCCCUAGAGGAGCCUCACAAGGAUUUCGAGGGGAAUAUUUUGCAUUGCCAGAAGGCCAUUGAUGGGCCCAAGCCCGGGAAAUUGCAGCAGCAGCAAUACGGGAAUGUUGGUCAGGCCCAGAGGGCCCAGUUUCAGAGGAAUGAUAAUUCUAGUGCUGCUGGCUAUGUUGGUGGUGCUAUGGCGGCGCAGCCGGGGCACUUGAUGGCGCCGGCUGGGCCGGCGAUUGGGUUUAAUCAGGCGGCUGCUGCGCAGGCCGCCUUGAAUCCGGCGCUGGGGCAGGCGUUGGCGCUGCUGGCUUCGCAGGGAACGAUGGGGCUGACUAAUUUGUUGGGUGGUAUUGGAACGAGUGCUGCGGUGAACCCUGUUGUGCCUGCAGCUGGGGCUGGAGUGCAAAGUGGUUACAAUGCUCAGGCGAGUAUAAGUCCGGGUGUUAUUGGAGGAUAUGGGAAUCAGGUGGGGUUGCAGACGGCUUAUCCGAAUCAGCAGAUAGGGCAGGGUGGUUCCGGAAGAGGGCAGUAUGGUGGUGGUGCUGCGCCUUACAUGGGGCACUAGGUUUGACGGCCAUACUUAAAAUAACAUGCACCAAUAAUAUAGGCAGUUUAAAUUAAAAAGGAAGAAAGACAAAAGCCUUUCAUUUAAGUUUGAUUCUGACAAGCUUGUACAGUUCCCACCAUUUGAGAAAUCUUUUUAUGCACCAAUGUGCACUCUUUUUAGGGGCUUCAUCCUCUUUUAACAUGAAAAUUUUAAUAUUCUUGUGUGUCAAGUCAUGCUUAUUUAAAAUUAUCUUUUGGAAGCAUGCCAAAGUUGGGAUUUUUUUUUGUUGGUCAUUCUGGAGAUUUUCUCUGCUCACAGCCAUAUUUGUAUGCUGUGCUUUCUUUAUUGUGGAUUAAGUUUGCAUUUUCCUCCCUUUCUUCGGUUUCUCUACUUUAUCUUUUCUCCAAGGACUGAUCAGUCUCUAUCUUUGAAUCUUAACCCUUCUGUGGCAUUUGAUACACCAUUUUUAUUUUCAAUUAAAUCACUAUGGGGAUGAGAUUCCCAGGAAUAUAAAAUAUGUUUAGUUAUAAGUCAAUUUACUUAAGAAUAUUUUGUUUAUUCCCACUAAAAGUUUUGCAGCUUUAUAGUUUAUACAUAAAAUUUUUAUUCUCAUCUUUGAAAGGGGAUUUAUUUCCCCCCUGCUUAUUCACAAAUUAACAUUCCUAGAAAUUUUUUAUGUUUGGAAAUAUUUUUAUUUUCUUAUACCAAAUAUGACAAGUUUUUAUUCUUAUGUCCCUUUAUCAGACAUUUAAAAACAUUUCUUCUACUGAAUGCCAUCUUCGAUGGUUGUACGGGGCUUUUUAUUAUCAUCGUUUUCAAAAUUCUUUUUUUGUAACUGUUAUUGCAGAAGUGGUUUUCAAAAUGUUUCUGUUAUAUAAGCUUCAUGACAUCGUCAUGGAUGGUCUAAAUUAAUUCAAACAUGCACAAUGUUGCAUGUUUAUGUUACAGGAAACCAAAUUGUCAUUAAAGUUGUGUUUUAUGAUGUUAAAUUUUCAACAUAAAUCCUGCUUCUGAAGUAAGAGAUGAAGUCAACUCAGUCAUAGUGAUAAUGGACAUGUUUGUAGCUCUGCUUAUUGUCGAAUGAAUAGGUGGCUUUCAUGCUCUGCAAGGUAAGUUGCAGUGUAUGUCUAAUUUCUUAUUUUUGUUUUAGUUGAAUAGCAGGUUUGUUGACAUACUUGGUGUUGAUUGAAUUUUUACUGGAAAAAUGUCCAAUUUCUUAUUCCUUUUCAAAGAGAGCUGUUGCUCAGUUUUUUUUUCUUUGCUUCUUUUGGAUACUGUCAACACUUCCUGCAUCUUCCCUCCUCCCUUCUUCCGAUUGGAAAAAAAAAAAAAAGAAACCCAAUUUUAUGCAUGCUCGCUUUGUCCAAAGUGAAGGCGUUAAAAAAUAUAAUGUUUAUUAGAAUAUAUCGAUACUUCAAUUGCUUUUUUUUUUGGUAACUGAUACUUGGAUUGCUUGAAACAACUUUAAUUUGCUUCCUUUGUUGAAAUAAAAAUUUCAUGUGGCAUUCAUUAUGUUGAAUAGAACUUCGGAUUUGCUUGGAUAAUUUUUUUACGAGCAAUUUUGAAAGGGAAAAUUUAUUAGGGAAAAAAUAAUUAAGUUUUCUGUAAAUUGAAAUUAGCAUAUACUUCGGUUAAUAUAUUUUUUAAUAAAAAAAGUUGAUUUAAUUUGUGAAUAACUUAAUUUUAGCAAGAAGAGAU